AUGACCUAUGGGAGGGACCUGGAAUUGAGCAGCCCUUCAAAAAAGAGAGCGAAGAUUGAAAGGCGUGUUGCUGUUAGGAAGAAGCAACUAGAAGAGGGAAACACCACGGACCAAUUCCUGGACUACAAAGACGUCCCAGAGGGAGAAUUUGGGGAGUUGGUCAAGCACUGUACGGCAGCAUUAUACUCGUAUAAUCACGCAACUGGUGACCUAGCCAUCAAAGUCAUGCCCAGCACGGCCCACGACUCAGCCGCGGGUGUCAUACAAGACACAAUUGGAACUCAAAUCAUUUCUAUAAAUCCCAGGUACCAGCUCGAUACCCUCCACACCUCUAUAAUCCGGUUUGGCCAAUGGACUAAGCAAGCUGAUUGUAGCUGGGGACCCGAGAACAACGGUCCUACUGCUGUGGUCGAAACCGGACUAAGUGAAUCUACCACCAGAUCGAUAGGCAAUGCGAGAGGUUGGAUCGAAAGUGUUGGCUCUACUGUCAACAUCGCAAUCACCGUCAACAUUGACACGCACCAACCUUUCAUCACAAUAUGCAAGUGGGUGUAUGGCGCACGACAAUCAUCUGUUGGACUACAAUCCGCCAGACAAGCUUCGCCCUCGGCAGCGAUCCGAACUACUGUUUACUUCCUCGACCGCCAGAACAACACUAUGUACCUGUUUUAUUAG